GAAGAAGAAGAAAAGAAGGGAACAUCCUCUGACGAAACCAAGAAGGACGAAAGUUCCUCUGACAGUUCUUCCUCAUCUGAAUCCUCCUCUGAAUCUGACUCCGAAUCCUCUUCUGAUGAAGAGGAAGAAAAGAAGGAAGAAUCAUCUCAAGAAACCAAGAAGGAUGAAAGCUCCUCUGACAGUUCUUCCGACAGUUCUUCUGACAGCUCUUCCGAAUCCGAAUCCGAAUCCUCUGACGAGGAAGACGAAGAUACCAAGAUGGAAGAAGCUGAAGAAAAGGGUCAAAAGAGAAAGGCCGAAAGUGAAAGUGAAGCAGCUCCUGCUUCAAAGGCAGCCAAGACAGACGAAAAAUACACCAUUUUUGUCGGUGGUUUGAAAUACGAAGCAACCGAAGAAGAUAUUAAAAAGCAUUUUGAAUCCUGUGGUGAAAUUGUUGAAGUCAGAUUAAGAAUGGAUAAUAAUGCUACUAAUAAGAAUAAGGGCUUCUGUCAUAUCGAUUUUGCUACUAAGGAAGGUAAGGAAGCCGCUUUGAAGUUGUCCGAAACCGAAUUUAUGGGCCGUUCUAUUCGUUGUGAUAGUGCUGAUGGUAAUGACCGUCGUCGUAAUAAGGAUGAAAAUUACAGUCCACGUUCUAAUAAGGUUUUUGUUGCCAACUUGAAUCAUGAUUAUGAUGAAGAAGCUCAUCGUAAUGCACUUAAGGAACACUUUGAAAAGUUUGGUACUAUUGUUGGUGAUAUCAGAUUACCAUAUAAUAGAGAGACAGGUGCAUUAAAGGGUAUUGCUUAUGUAUCAUUUGAAACACCUGAACAAGCUGAAGCCGCUGUAAAGGGUAUGAAUGGUGUUGAAGUCAAUGGUCGCCCUCUUCGUACCGACUUUUCAGAUAGUAAUGAUCGUGAACGUGUUGCUCGUAACAAGAGCGGCCGUGGUGGUCGUGGUGGAUUCCGUGGUGGAUUCCGUGGCAGUCGUGGCGGUCGUGGCGGUCGUGGUGGAUUCCGUGGUGCUAACAAAGCUUAAAAUUAUUUAAGUCUGUUAUUUUCCUGUUAUUUUCAUUUUUUUUUAUCCUUUAUUCCAUGUACACAAGCACAAUUUAUCAUUUUUUUUUCUUUCAUAUUUAGAGUAUAUGUAUAAUAUCAAUAAAAUAAUCGUAUGUUUAUUG